CACACAAGCUUGAACUUUUGACUUCAUUAUCGCGAAGCUUUCAUAGCGACCCAUAGCGACCAAAUUUCUGCCCUGCUUCAAUGCGCCACGACAACGCUUGCCGUCCGACUUGAUUACUUGAGUACCGACCACUCCAAGGACUUUGCAGCGCAAGAUACCCCGCUAUCGUAUGGAUGAUUCGGAUUUGCACAAUGCUUUCCACGAUGAAGCCCCCAUGGACGACGAGGGCUCCAUUCUAUCGGUACCGGGUGGAUUGAGGGGCUUCACGCGGAAGGUUACGACGACGGCAACCCAUUUGGUUGGACCAAGGUCAGAUGGGGGAUCCAACAAUCAUUAUCACAGCGCCAUGGCCGAAGUCCACAAACAGCUCAAAAGGCCAGGCGUGCAGAGGAGUAUGUUCUCCAUGGCAAAAACGACCCCGACCGACCUCGUCCGUUCCAAGUUCUCUACUUCGGAGAUCCAAUACCGCGCUUUAUCGUACCUGUCAGAUGACAUGCUCCAAAAUAUACCUGAGGAUGACAAUACGUACUCGUUAUUUCAAGGCUUUCAGGCGAGCUUCCCGGAGUUGACCGAAGAAGGCAAAAAACAUCGAAGAAGAGUCUCGAGAGGGCGAAAGAUGAUAGAAGAGACACCCUCGACGCCUGACAGUCCGCAUCAUUUGCUCAAACUCAAGAAAGAAAGGGGAUCGCUGAUGCACGAGCUCGAAAUGCUUGGCAUCCGCAAGAACAUGGCCAGUGUUGAGAUACGGGAGAUCGAUAACAAAAUCGCCAACCUCAGUGGUAUGCGCAGGAUAAUCCUCGAAAGGCUGGCUUGUCUGGAACAAGAAGAGGCUUUGCUAGAGCACGACAUUGUGGACAUGGAAGGCCGUAUAGAUGACGCUCAACUGCUUGUUGACGAGGCCGAAUCUAUAGCAGCGGAUACGCCGACACGAGAUGAUGAUGAUGAUGAUGAUGAUCUAGUUACGGAUCAGGAUGUCGACGAGUUCAUGUCAAAAUCCGUCUAUGAGAAGCUGCCUCCUGCCUCAAACGGCCCUUCACGAUCAAAGAGGCAUAAGGUCAUUCGUCGCAAAUCCAUGCCCAUCUUACACGAACACUUCGAGCCCGGGACCAUGAUACGUCAGAUCAAGGCUCAUGCGGACACUAUUAACUCGCACGAUUUCGACGUGCCCUUCGGAACCAUGGUGACGUCGGGAAUGGAUGACAUGGUUAAAGUAUGGGAUCUUAACGCAGGACGUUGCAUAGGUACGCUUGAGGGUCACACCGCAUCAGUGAGAGCACUGCAGGUCGAGGACAACUUCGUUGCCACAGGAGGCGUGGAUGCGACUAUCCGGUUAUGGGAUCUGAGCAAAGCACGCUACGACCCUCAAGGCGGCCAAUUUGGAAGAGACGACGAGGACGAAGAUGGGAUGGCGUUUGAGAAUCCCGAUGACCAACCCGUUGACCCGCCGGAGGGUAGUCUGGCCGACUGCCAUCUUUUCACUCUCGAAGCUCACAUGAAUGAGAUCACUGCACUGCACUUCAGGGGCGACGUUCUUGUGUCUGGAUCGGCCGAUAAGACCCUUCGACACUGGGAUCUUGAGAAGGGCCGUUGCGUACAGACUCUGGAUGUAAUGUGGGCAGCCGCACAAGCAUCCGCGUCGAUGGGCUCUGUUGAAGGACAAUGGAGACAAACAAGCCGAUCGUCCUCAGGGUCAGCUGAUUUUGUUGGUGCUUUGCAAGUCUUUGACUCUGCACUUGCCUGCGGUACCGCUGACGGUAUGGUUCGAUUAUGGGAUUUGCGCAGUGGCCAGGUCCACCGGAGUUUGGUCGGCCAUACGGGUCCUGUGACUUGUCUUCAGUUCGACGAUGUGCAUCUGGUGACGGGAAGCUUGGAUCGAAGCAUUCGGAUAUGGGACCUACGAACAGGGUCGAUUUUCGACGCAUACGCGUAUGAUAACCCCAUCACGAGCAUGAUGUUUGACGACAGACGCAUCGUCUGCGCCGCCCAGGAGGACGUGGUCAAAGUAUACGAUAAGCUAGAGUCACGGCAAUGGGAGGUUGGCGCAGGCAUCACCGAGGCGGAGGAAAACAAGACUCCGGCUAUUGUCGAGCGCGUCCGCAUCAAGGACGGGUACAUGGUGGAGGGACGCCAAGACGGCAUAGUCGGUGUGUGGACCUGCUAGGUGACUGGGCUUUGUAUAACAACCAAAAGAAAUAUAGAGAUCCAACGAAUGAAACGUAUGAACGAAGCACAGUACUGGGGUGCACGUGGUUUCGGCAUAGUCGGUCGGUGAUUGUCGUACGGGAUGGCAAAAGAGAGAGGCACGGGAGUUCAGUCAGACAUGUAUAGCUUCGGGGUGUCUUGGUCUGCUAACUCUGUCUGCGCUAUGCUUGUGCAUGAAGCAAUAUCUGCCAAC